AUGCGGAACCAUCUCCUUCUCAGCUUCUGUGCCCUCGCACUGGGUCAAUUAGGGGCAGCCGUCAAUGCUGAUGACCAAAGCCUUGGCCAUGGGGACCCGGCAAAUUUCGAAGCUCUUCAGGCAAAACCCCUGCUCGAUGGAAUCUCCUUGGGAUCGGACCCUUCUCUGUAUAAACGCUUCGACACUUUCAAACGAUUCGAACCCUAUCAAAAACGAUUUGAGCCGUUCAACGAGCUGAAACGCUUCGACCCGUAUAGCAAGCGUUUUGACCCAUACAGCAAACGAUUUGAUGGUUACAAUAAGCGCUUUGACGGCUACAACAAACGGUUCGACGGCUACAACAAGCGCUUUGAUCCCUACAGCAAACGAUUCGACGGCUACAUGAAACGCUUUGAGCCA